CAAAAUCUUCAAUCAUUUUUUAUCCCCGUGCAACAUUUUCAUCGUUACACCAAAAUUUACUAUGUAUAUUCUGAUACUUUCUACAAACAAUAAUCAAGUACGAGUGUGAGGAAAGAGUUAAUAUUCAUUGCGUACUUAUUUCACUGUUAGUGUACGAUACGUAUUGAAAGUGUUAAUGUUGAAAUUACUGGAGGUUUCAGUUGCUCGACAUGGAAGAUAGACGAUUUCAUCGAAAGGGAGAUUUUCCGUAUCGCCCUCGACCGUACAAUCACUACAAUGCCAACCAUGGUGUUUAUCCUGCCCGACCACCAGAACAUCCUUUCGGAUUUCGAGGUAAUUUCCCGCGAGAAUAUGCGCAAGAUCCUGUUGCAGAGAGAAUGAGGCAUCCUUUUAAUUCUCCACCCGGACCGCCACUGAUCCAUAGUCAGGUAUUCCAGAAUGCAGCUGUCGUCGGACAUGGUCCACCUUUCGGUGAAUUUGAUGGGUAUCAAUAUCCCUUUUCUCCUGCUCCACCAUUCCCUGCGCUUGCUCCACCACAGAUAGCACGACUGCCAUUGAAUGCUUGGCCACCGCUGGGUCCUCCAGGCCCACCUUGUCGUAGGGCGCUUGUUCCGCACAACCAAGCUCCGUUUCCUGAACAUUGCUUUCCUGAUGUGCGACCACCAAUCCGUAGUGGCCCUAGGAAUAGACCAUUCCCAAAUAACGCUCCGGUAAAGUUUCCCCCUCCGCGAGCCCCGUUUGCACCUACGGAAGGUGGACAUCCGAAUCGUAGCGCGUUCAACGGACUCUCACAAUUACCGCAUCGCUUCUGCAGUAAUUUCGUGCAACCAUCUGGUAAAGCAGACAAUGCAGCAGUGGAUAUAAGCAAGUGCUCUGUUGAGGAAUUGCUCGGUAUGCGUAAGUUUGCGGACGCAGCACGCAAGGCGAUUAAGGAUAAGCAAGUCACAGCGUUUCCGUUGGAUUGGUUUGUAAUGCCGCUGUUGUGUUCCGGAAACAUUCAGCUGCUGGAACAGUACGUUGCGGAGGGGAAACAGUUGCAGGAGAAAAUGGUCCAAAUGGUUAUGGUUUUAUGUGGACAGCAGAUUGUUGUUGAUAAAAUUCUUCGCGACUUCAGAGACAUUUGCAUUCCACGCCAGUGUGCAUUGAAUCAGAAGUGCAUAAAGAGGCAUGCAAUAACCUGGGUAACCAAAUUUAAACUGGAUUUGAGUAUUAUUCGUGAUAUCCAUCUCGAAAGAUGCCGGGCCGCGCUAGUCUGGAUGACCAAAGCAUCCACUUUUGGAGAUAUCAGUGAAGCAGCUUGGUUAGAAACCAUUGCAGCUACUGCCGAACCGUUUAGUGAUUCCUUGAUUCCGUUUUGCUUGAAUCUUCUCUCUCGUUCACCAAAACAAGCGUACGCGCUUGGAAAGCUGAUGGUCUAUUGGGAAGUACCUGUAUGGAGAGGCCGAAGUUCCGAAGAAAUUUUGUCCAAUGCCGUAAACAUUUUCCCAAGCGAAGAAGGUGAAGGAAUGGUGCACAAGCUGAAUUUGCCACAAGAUCGAAUUGUGAUGGUUGACUCUGCCAGCACUUUUAGCACAGCUUUGCCUCAAAUCCAAAAAUCGAGUGUGAUAGGAAUCGACUGUGAAUGGUAUACACAUCCAGCAUAUCAGGAAUCGGCACAGCUGGCGUUAAUGCAGAUCGCUACUGAAACGCAUUGUUAUCUUUUGGAUAUCCCAUCAUUAAAGCAACUCCCUAGCGGAGUGAUGGAGUGGACGCUUCUUGGGGAUGUUUUUUCAUCCAGCAACAUAAUAAAGCUUGGAUUCGGAAUGGAUUCAGAUAUACGAAUGUUGCAUAAUUCUGUUCCGGAAUUGCAUGAUGCGCUGCGAAAGUUUGCAUUUAUGGAUCUGAAACAACUAACGGAGCAACUCCAUAAACAGAUUCCCGAUCUUUUCGUUCCAUCAGGAGAGCCUAGUCCUACCAUAGAAGAGCCGACAAACCCACAGCAAACAAAUGAACCUGACCAAGAGCCAGCGAAAGCGGGGCCGAAACCACAGACAAAGUUUUCUUUAUCCAGUAUCGUAGAAAAAUUGCUAGGAUCUCCGCUUUGUAAACUGGAAUGCCGAUCAAACUGGGAACGGAGACCACUGCGGGAAGCUCAAAUCAAUUAUGCGGCGCUGGAUGCUUACUGUCUUUUAGAAGUGUACUGGCAGCUGGAGAAAGCGUGCUCAGAACGAGGCCUACCUUUUCCCCCUUCAAGCUCAGAAACUCACCAAAAUAAACAUGGCACUUCAAAGAAGGCCGAAAAGCGAAUGGAGCGGUGGAUGAAAAAGAAGAACCAAGCGAAACUAGAUACGGACAGCGCAGAUGUGACUGAGAAAAACGAUUGUCGAGAGAACGGAACUCAAUCUCCUACGAUUAGUUCGGGCGCAUUAAAGGUAGACAAUAAUGAUUCUGAUGCAACGAGCGAAAACGGUCAGUGCUCGAAGGGGCUGGAAAAAAAUAAUUCGGAUGGUGUCAUUCGGAACACAGGAGCCGAAACUUCUCAGAGUCAGAACCAAUAAAUAUAGUGGUGCGGCAGUUGUAUAGUUGAUGUCUCGUAUCUUGGUGUGAUGCCGGAGAUUAAUUACAGCCCAUUGUGAAGAGUUGUUAUACAUACCGUAAUUCCUUUUGUUGAUUUUUGUGAAUGAUUUGCUCAUAGACUCAAUGACAUAAUAGAGUAAAAGUGCAUUUCGGUUUUCGGAUUUCCUUAGAACCAAGUGGUGUUGAAAUGGAGUUUUCCUUGCUGUUUUGUGUCAAUGCUUUUCUGAAUUUUUAUUUUCUUGGAUGUACACCUUACGGUUAUCACGAACAAAAUUUCGAAAACGGAAAGGUUUUCGCUUGAAUUCUUCGCACGUCGACAUUCCUUCAG